CGUAAGCACUAUUGCGCAUGUGCAGCCGUGUUCUCACGCUUACAUAGCUACAGUAGUGAUUUUUGUGUAGUAUAGUCAUCAUGAAGGCUCUUAGAGGAAUGGUGAGCGGAGCCGUGAGUGAAAUAUCAUCUGCUGUUACCGGGAGCAAACACGUCGCCGUUCGGGAAAAUGUCCUCGCCGUGACUCGUGACUACAUUUCUCAGCCGAGAUUAACGUAUAAAACCGUUGCUGGUGUUAAUGGACCCCUGGUGAUUUUGGAUCAUGUGAAGUUCCCUAGGUUUGCUGAGAUUGUUCAUCUCACUCUGCCUGAUGGCACCAAGAGGAGCGGACAAGUGCUGGAGGUCAUAGGCUCCAAAGCUGUGGUCCAGGUGUUUGAGGGAACAUCUGGUAUCGAUGCCAAAAAAACCACAUGUGAAUUUACAGGAGACAUUUUGCGCAUGCCUGUGUCUGAGGAUAUGCUGGGUCGGGUCUUCAACGGCUCAGGAAAGCCAAUUGAUCGAGGACCUAUGGUGUUGGCGGAGGACUACUUAGACAUUAAUGGUCAGCCGAUUAAUCCUCAGUGUCGUAUUUAUCCUGAGGAAAUGAUCCAGACUGGCAUCUCUGCCAUUGAUGGAAUGAACAGUAUUGCAAGAGGCCAAAAAAUUCCCAUUUUUUCUGCAGCUGGUCUACCCCACAAUGAGAUUGCUGCACAGAUUUGUCGUCAGGCGGGAUUGGUGAAGAAGUCCAAAGAUGUGAUGGAUUACAGCGAGGAGAACUUUGCCAUUGUGUUUGCUGCCAUGGGGGUCAACAUGGAGACUGCAAGAUUUUUUAAGUCUGAUUUCGAAGAGAACGGGUCCAUGGACAAUGUGUGCCUCUUUUUAAAUUUGGCCAAUGAUCCCACGAUUGAACGCAUCAUCACCCCUCGCCUUGCGCUUACCUCAGCUGAGUUUCUGGCUUACCAGUGUGAGAAACACGUGCUGGUCAUAUUAACUGACAUGAGCUCUUAUGCUGAGGCUUUACGAGAGGUCUCAGCAGCUAGAGAAGAGGUUCCUGGUCGACGUGGUUUCCCAGGUUACAUGUACACUGAUCUGGCAACAAUAUACGAGAGGGCCGGACGUGUGGAGGGGCGCAAUGGCUCCAUCACCCAAAUCCCAAUCCUCACUAUGCCCAAUGAUGAUAUUACCCAUCCUAUUCCCGAUUUAACCGGCUACAUCACUGAGGGUCAAAUUUAUGUGGACAGGCAGCUUCAUAACAGACAGAUCUUUCCUCCCAUCAAUGUGCUACCUUCUUUGUCUCGAUUGAUGAAGUCAGCCAUUGGUGAAGGAAUGACACGCAGAGACCACUCAGAUGUCUCUAAUCAGCUGUAUGCUUGCUAUGCCAUCGGGAAAGAUGUGCAGGCAAUGAAGGCCGUGGUUGGGGAAGAAGCACUGACAUCAGAUGACUUGUUGUACCUGGAGUUCUUACAGAAAUUUGAGAGGAAUUUUAUUUCCCAGGGUGCAUAUGAGAACCGAACUGUGUUUGAAACACUGGACAUUGGCUGGCAGCUGUUGAGAAUCUUCCCCAAGGAGAUGCUGAAGAGGAUUCCUCAGAGCACUCUGGCCGAGUUUUAUCCCCGAGACUCCAAACAUUAGUCUUGCUUCCUUCCUCGUUUAUUCAUUUUGUGUCUCAAUCAGCCGUGAAUCUGUCCUCUACACUUCUAGAUGUUACUCGCUCUCUCUGCUCAGAUCAAGUAUACUGAGCCUACAUUGAUGGAAUACAAAGUUGUUUUGAUUGCUGCUCUUGGUAUUUAUUUAUUAUGUAAGUGUUGCUGAAUAGUAAAUCAAAUAUUAUAUUGUUGCUACACUGCAGUGUGAAAGUUUUGUGUGUGUGUGUGUGUGUAUGUGUAGCUCAGUGUGUCAAACUGUGUUCUGAACAGGGCAGGAAAGGCCAAUAUUUAUUUUUGAUGGCAAAAUUUUAGAGCAACUAACAAAGCUAUUACAAAGCAGCCUGUGUUUCAGAAGUGCCAAGUGGAAUGUAUAAUGGCUUAAUGUAUUCUAUGAAUUUGUCAUCAUUAUAAUGAAUGCACUCUGUAUAAAAGUGCAUAUUUAACAUGAAGUAUGAAAAGAAGCCAUAUGUUCAUAAAAUGCAUUAAAACGGAAUAGAAAAGCAUAGUGGCCCAAUCAAAUCAAAGGACGAAAACCAAACACUGAGCAAUAGAUUUAUCUUUUGUCAUGUACUAUUAGUUACUUUACAUUUUGUAUAAAAAUGUGCAAUUUAUGUUUGUGUAAGCAAUAUGCUUAUAAUUUAUUUUGGUGACAUGAAUAUAUGUACUGUGUUAAAGUGCGUGAUAUCAAGUGAAUUCAUAAUGAAGUGGUUGUUGUCCUAAUGCAUGAACGCUAUAUUGAAAAUAUGUAUGUGAACACUCGCUUCAUGAAAUAAACCUUGAUGUGGUAUAAAUGAAUGAU